GUACCUUGUUAGACUUUAGUCUAUGUAGCUAUAUAAAUAGCUCUCGCGUUCCCGUUAUCUUUGGUUACCUUUGUUCCCUGUAACUGCUGUAGAAAGAAAGCAUGUCUGAAGUGCCACCCAAAAAACUGAAGCAUACUAAACUUCCGGACUUUCAAGAGAGUACUACUGCCACAGACAGUGAACCUGGGGAGAAAUCAGAAGCUAGUGACAAUGUUCAGACAAAAAUGGAUUACCUGAUUAAGAAAGAAGUUGAAGAGGGACCUUCAAAACAUCUGCAGCAGGAAACAGAAGCGAAAAAACACAAUUUCAAGUUUUGUUUAAACUCUAAGACAUUUUCAGUGGCGUGUAAAACAUCCAUGACUGUGCUUGAGGCUCUUAAUACAAGCCCAAUUUUCAGGAAUGAAAAAGACAAAAACAAAAACAUGCAGAAAGAAAUACUAAUCCAAAGAUCGAAAGGAGCAGUUCCUAGAGCAGCUGUGAAGACUGAUUUUCCCUGCUGUCUUAUUGAAACUGAUGAGAUCUUAGAGAUAGACUUCAUCCAAAAGGAUGAAAAACGUUGUACAAAUCAAAUAACUGCAGAUCCUUCACUCCUCAGUAAAAGAAGUAACCCUGAAACAUUAGUCACAAUCUGGGUUAAAAAAGAAGGAGGACCAAAAGUGCAAUGCUUACUGAAGAGCAAAGCCCUGAGGAAAAGCGUUCGCUAUGUUUGUGUGUUUGGAUUCAAAGGAGAGAGAGUAAAAUCUGCUCUUAAACGUGACGGACGAUUCAACAAUGUCAUUUUCAAGAAACACUGUGGACUUUCUGAGCUUGGUGGGGAUACAAACCAUGAAUUGUCAAUACCUGUAGAGGAUCUUGAAGGAAAGUCUUUCCAGGUAGUUGUUCUUAGUGACCAGAAUCAGCCAGAGAGUCAAGAUGAUUUGACUUUUGUCAAGACUGAACCUAAUGUAGCUUCAGAUGCUGAUGUGGCAGAAACUUCCGGCUCAAGUCAGCAUCCCAUCAACACUGAGCAAGACAAGAAACAAGAUGGAAAUGCAAAGUCCACGACUCCUUCAACUAAAGAGUACGUCACUAAAGCCAUUGUAAAUUCUGAAGAGAUUCUGGGAAUUCUGCGUGAUCAGUUUCCAGAUUUACUGAAGACAUUAAAGAAGCGAGAGAAACUAAAGAACAAAUCUGAGGUCAAAAAGUUCUUCAGAGAAGAAUAUGGUAAAAGUGUUGAUAAUUUCUUGAAGGUGAAGAAAGUGAAGCAGCUAAUGAAGCUCUCUGCCUCUGUGUGUCAGAUUCGAGUGGGGGACUCUGCUUUAGGAACCGGCUUCUUGCUCUUUGACAGAUUCAUCCUCACUAAUGCUCAUGUAAUUGGGUUAUUUACUGACCAUACGAAAGUUAACUUUGCAGAGUUCACAGCUGUUUUUGAUUAUGAAGACAAGGAUUCAGGGAAGCGCAUACAGAUUAAACAACUCACAGAUUGCUGUUACGGAAAGGAUGAGCAUGGAAGGCAUCUUGACUAUGCUCUUGAUUUAUAG